CAAAUGAGACGCAAUUGUCACUCUGCCCAUUAGAUUGUCCAGUUUUGAGUCUCUGCUGUGGCGGAGCAGGAGACGGUGACGGUGACGGAGACGGGGGCCAGGGGCCAGUGGCCAGUGGCCAGACCGCGAGUCGAAUAUAAAACUGAAGAGAUCGCGGAAAAUGCAUCUCACACUCGAUCUGAGUUCUUGCAGAGCAGACACAAGGAGCUCCCAGCAGCAGCAGCAGCAGCCACAGGCACAGCCACCACAACCGCAUUCACAUCCUUCACAAUGUUCGCCCAGACCUUGCUCGUUCUCGGCCUCGCCCUGUCCGUCGCAGUGGCCAUUCCCAUCGAUCCCUAUGGCUCCUCCAUCUCGUAUGCAGCUCCGGCCGUAUCGUAUGCAGCUCCGGCCGUGUCGUAUGCAGCUCCUGCCAUCUCGUAUGCCGCUCCCAAGCUGCUGGCCGCCCCGGCCAUCUCCUAUGCGGCUCCAGCCAUCUCGUAUGCAGCUCCCAAGCUGCUGGCUGCCCCCGUGGCCGUGGCCAAGGUGGCUGUGGCGGAGCCCUACGAUCCCAAUCCACAGUACAGCUUCUCGUACGGCGUGACCGAUCACAAAACCGGCGACUCCAAGCAGCAGGAGGAGACGCUCGUCAACGGAGUGGUCCAUGGCAGCUACUCCCUGGCCGAGCCCGACGGCACCAUCCGCAAGGUCACCUACACCGCCGACAAGGUCAACGGCUUCAAUGCGGUCGUCGAGAAGAAGGGCGUGGCGAUCGCCAAGCCCGUCCUGGCCGUAGCCGCCGUGCCGGCCGUCACCAAGAUUGGAUACGCCUCCGGUCCCGGCCUCAGCCUGGGCGGACACUACACAUGGCCCUUACGUCAGUGGCCCAUUCGGUGGGUUCAGUUUUUGGCAACGGUUGCCACACGACGCAUGUCAUCGAAGAGAGCAACCGGUGGCCCUUUAAAACCCCGAUCCAUGGGCACCCAGCCACAGUCCAGACAGCGUUGUCAAGCCUCCACCACACCGAUCCAAUCCAGCAAUCCAGCAGCAAGCAUCGCCAUGGCCCUGUUCAAGAUCACAAUCAUCUGCUGCGCUCUUUUUGCCGCCAUCGAGUGUGGCCUGCUCCCGGUGGGAGCUCCAAUCAACACGGAGGUGGAUCCCCAUCCGCAGUACGCCUUCGCCUACAACGUGCAGGACGCCAUCACCGGGGACAGCAAGAGCCAGCAGGAGGUGCGCGACGGCGAUGUGGUCAAGGGAUCCUAUUCGGUGGUCGAUGCCGAUGGCUCCCUGCGCACCGUCUUUUACACCGCCGACCCCAUCAAUGGCUUCAACGCGGUGGUGCAGCGGGGUCCAGUGCCACGUCCAGUGUUGCCCGCUCCCCUGGCAGCCCCGCUCCUGGGCUAGAGCAGUGAGCACUCCUCCCGUUACUGCUGCAGCUGAAUUCCUAGAUUGUACAUAAAUUAUUGUCCGUCCGUAGUUCCAAGGUUCCAAAGCUCCAAA